GGAAAUUCAAAAUUUUGUCCCAGGACCAUUUUAUAUUUUUAUUAUUGAAAUUUAAUUUUGAAAAAUGGCUGCGCCAUCCACUUCAUUGUCGACUCGAAAUAAAAAACAUUUUCUUGGUGUACCAGCACCUUUGGGAUAUGUCGCUGGUGUUGGAAGAGGAGCUACUGGAUUCACAACACGGUCUGAUAUUGGACCUGCUCGUGAUGCCAAUGACGUUUCUGAUGACCGACAUGCCCCACCAACAAAACGAGCUAAAAAGAAAGAAGAAGAGGAAGAGGAUGAAGAAGAUCUGAAUGAUUCAAAUUAUGAUGAAUUUUCAGGAUAUGGAGGAUCACUUUUCAGUAAAGAUCCAUAUGAUAAAGAUGACGAGGAAGCGGAUGCUAUAUAUGAAGCCAUUGACAAGCGGAUGGACGAAAAGCGCAAGGAGUAUCGUGAGAAACGACUAAGAGAAGAGUUGGAACGAUAUCGUCAAGAACGUCCUAAAAUCCAGCAGCAGUUUUCGGACUUGAAGCGGGACUUGAUAAAUGUCUCGGAGGAUGAGUGGAAAAAUGUACCUGAAGUUGGAGAUUCAAGGAAUAGAAAGCAGAGGAAUCCCCGGGCGGAAAAAUUCACACCUCUGCCCGACUCUGUGCUAGCACGGAAUUUGGGUGGUGAGUCUGCGAUGAGUAUUGACCCAGCUAGUGGUUUGGCUUCGAUGAUGCCAGGAGUAGCGACACCGGGAAUGCUGACUCCCACGGGAGAUUUGGAUCUUUGUAAAAUAGGUCUAGCGAGAAAUAAACUGAUGCACGUUAAGUUGAGUCAAGUGUCAGACUCUGUAGAAGGACAAACUCAUGUUGAUCCCAAUGGAUAUUUGACUGAUUUGAAAAGUAUGAUUCCUAGUUACGGCGGUGAUAUAAAUGACAUAAAAAAAGCUCGACUUCUUCUUAAAUCAAUCAGAGAAACAAAUCCUAACCAUCCACCUGCAUGGAUUGCUUCAGCACGUCUUGAAGAAGUAACUGGUAAAGUUCAAGCUGCUCGUAAUUUAAUAAUGAAAGGUUGUGAAAUGAAUCCAACUUCUGAAGACUUGUGGCUAGAGGCAGCACGUCUUCAGCCACCGGACACUGCCAAGGCUGUUAUUGCCCAAUCAGUGAGACACAUUCCUACGUCGGUGAGGAUUUGGACAAAAGCUGCGGAUCUUGAGACAGAGACAAAGGCAAAAAGAAAAGUUUACAGAAAGGCCUUGGAAAAUAUACCGAAUUCUGUGAGACUCUGGAGGUCGGCGGUGGAACUUGAAGAACCAGAAGAUGCUCGUAUUUUACUUAGUCGUGCUGUUGAGUGUUGUCCGACUAACGUUGAUCUCUGGCUGGCUUUGGCGCGUCUCGAGACCUACGAGAAUGCUCGUAAAGUAUUGAACAAAGCAAGAGAAAAUAUUCCAACUGAUAGACAGAUUUGGACGACUGCUGCUAAAUUAGAGGAAGCCAAUGGCCACAUCCAGAUGGUAGACAAAAUAAUUCAACGUGCUAUCGAGUCACUGAAGGCCAAUGGCGUUGAGAUAAAUCGUGAGCACUGGUUCAAAGAAGCCAUAGAAGCUGAAAAAUCAGGAGCAAUACAUUGCUGUCAAGUGAUUAUCAAGUAUGUUAUUGAUUGCAAUGUCGAAGAGGAAGACAGAAAGCACACGUGGAUGGAGGAUGCCGAGAUGUGUGCCGAGCAAGGCGCACUGGAGUGUGCACGAGCUGUUUACAGUCUCGCAAUAAAUCACUUCAAGUCUAAAAAAUCUAUUUGGCUGAGAGCUGCGCACUUUGAGAGAAACUUAGGGACACGGGAGUCACUGGAAGAGUUAUUACAGCGUGCAGUUAAACAUUGCCCGCAAAGUGAAAUGCUGUGGCUGAUGGGCGCUAAAUCAAAAUGGCUAGCCGGUGAUGUAGCAUCAGCAAGAGAUCUCCUGUCUCUGGCUUUCCAAGCGAACUCAAACUCCGAGCAAAUUUGGUUGGCUGCUGUUAAGCUUGAGUCUGAAAACGCCGAGUACGGAAGAGCAAGGCAUCUUCUUUCAAAAGCGCGCGCUCAAUGUCCUACACGUAAGGUCGUAAUGAAGAGCGCCAAGUUGGAGUGGUGUUUAAAUAAUUUACAAGAAGCGUUGAAGAUUCUGAACGAAGGACUUCAAGAUUUUGAUGACUUCCCUAAAUUUUGGUUGAUGAAAGGACAGAUUGAAGAGCAAAUGGGUGAUCUAGACAAAGCUUUGGAGACUUAUAAUCUGGCUAUAAAAAAAUGCCCCCACUCAGUUCCACUCUGGAGAUUGUUGGCUGAUCUUGAACGUCGUAAGAAUCAUAUCACCAAGGCAAGGUCUGUUUUGGAGAAGGCGCGAUUGAAGAAUCCUAAGAAUCCCGAGUUGUGGCUGGAGGCUGUCAGGAAUGAAAUGAAGCCGGGCGGUAUCAGAGACAUGGCCUACACCUUGAUGGCCAAGGGCUUACAAGAAUGUCCGAACGCCGGGUUACUCUGGGCUGAAGCGAUCUUCAUGGAGCCCCGAGCUCAAAGGAAGACCAAGGGUUACGAUGCUUUGAAGAAAUGUGAGCACGAUCCUCACGUUCUUCUUGCAAUUUCAAAGCACAUGUGGGCUCAACACAGACUUAGCAAAUGUCGCCCCUGGUUCAACAAGGCAGUAAAAAUGGACUCUAAAUUCGGCGACGUAUGGGCAUACUUUUACAAAUUUGAAGUAACCCACGGUACCCCAGAACAGCAGGAAGAAGUCAAGAAGAGAGCAAUCGCCGCGGAACCAACUCACGGCGAGCACUGGUGCAAAGUUUCAAAAGAUAUUAAAAACUGGUGUCUAAGUAUUGAACAAAUUCUGUUGCUCGUCGCUAAAAAUUUACCAACACCCAUUUAAUUAAAU